CCCGCGCACCGGCAGACCCAGAGACCGGCGUCAUGGCCUCCUCCGCCGCCGCCGCCCCGCCGGCCCCCGCCUUGCAGCGCGGCAUCGUCAAGAUGGUUCUCUCAGGCUGUGCCAUCAUCGUUCGAGGCCAACCUCGCGGAGGGCCACCUCCUGAGAAACAGAUCAAUCUCAGCAACAUCCGGGCUGGGAAUCUCGCACGCCGGGCAGGUGCCGCGCAGCCAGACAGCAAGGACACGCCGGAUGAGCCCUGGGGAUUUCCAGCCCGUGAAUUCCUGCGGAAGAAGCUGAUUGGGAAGGAAGUUUGCUUCACCGUGGAGUACAAGGCCCAGAUGGGCCGGGAGUAUGGGAUGGUCUACCUGGGGAAAGACACGACCGGGGAGAACAUCGCUGAGUCGCUCGUGGCCGAAGGGCUGGCCAGCCGCCGGGAGGGGAUCCGUGCCAAUAACCCUGAACAGAGCAGGUUGGCUGAGCUGGAAGAGCAGGCCAGGAUUGCCAAGAAGGGCAUGUGGAGUGACGGGACGGGCUCUCACACCAUCCGAGACCUCAAAUAUACCCUUGAGAACCCCCGACACUUUGUGGACUCUGCGCACCAGAAGCCUGUGAACGCCAUCAUCGAACACGUCCGGGACGGCAGCGUGGUCCGAGCCCUGCUCCUCCCUGACUACCACCUGGUCACGGUCAUGCUUUCCGGCAUCAAGUGCCCCACAUUCAAGCGGGAAGCGGAAGGUGCGGAGACCCCAGAGCCAUUUGCAGCAGAAGCCAAGUUCUUCACGGAGUCGCGGCUCCUGCAGCGAGAUGUGCAGAUCGUCCUGGAGAGCUGCCACAACCAGAACAUCCUGGGCACCAUCCUCCAUCCGAAUGGGAACAUCACGGAGUUGCUGCUGAAGGAAGGUUUUGCUCGCUGUGUCGACUGGUCCAUCGCUGUCUACACCCGAGGAGCUGAGAAGCUGCGAGCCGCUGAAAGGUAUGCCAAAGAACGCAAGCUGAGGAUCUGGAGGGAGUACGUGGCCCCCACAGCCAACUUGGACCAGAAGGACAAGCAGUUUGUGGCCAAGGUGAUGCAGGUGCUCAAUGCCGACGCCAUUGUGGUGAAGCUCAACUCCGGGGACUACAAAACGGUCCACCUGUCCAGCAUCCGCCCCCCUCGGCUGGAAAGCGAAGGCCCCCAGGACAAGAACCGGAAGCUCCGCCCACUCUAUGACAUCCCCUACAUGUUCGAGGCCCGGGAGUUCCUGCGCAAGAAGCUGAUUGGCAAGAAGGUGAACGUCACAGUGGACUACAUCCGACCAGCCAGCAGCGCGACAGAUACGGCGCCCGCCUUUUCGGAGCGCACCUGCGCCACGGUCACCAUUGGCGGCAUCAACAUCGCCGAAGCCUUGGUCAGCAAGGGGCUGGCCACGGUCAUCCGCUACCGGCAGGACGACGACCAGCGUUCUUCCCACUAUGACGAAUUGCUGGCGGCCGAGGCCCGGGCCAUCAAGAACGGCAAAGGGCUGCACAGCAAGAAGGAGCUUCCCAUCCACCGGGUGGCCGACAUCUCCGGGGACACCCAGAAAGCCAAGCAGUUCCUGCCUUUCCUGCAGCGCGCCGGCCGCUCGGAGGCGGUGGUGGAGUACGUCUUCAGUGGCUCUCGCCUCAAGUUGUACAUGCCGAAGGAGACCUGCCUUAUCACCUUCCUGCUCGCAGGCAUCGAGUGCCCCCGUGGAGCACGGAACUUGCCAGGCCUGGUCCAGGAAGGGGAGCCCUUCAGCGAGGAGGCCACUCUCUUCACCAAGGAGCUGGUGCUGCAGCGGGAGGUGGAGGUGGAGGUGGAGAGCAUGGACAAGGCCGGGAACUUCAUCGGCUGGCUGCACAUCGAUGGAGCCAACCUCUCGGUGGCCCUGGUGCAGCAGGCGCUGUCCAAAGUCCACUUCACAGCUGAACGCAGCAACUACUGCAAGCCCCUGAUGGCCGCUGAGGAGGCCGCCAAGCAGAAGAAGGAGAAGGUGUGGUCACAGUACGAAGAGGCCCCCGUGGAGGACGUGGUGAUGGUGCCAGAGGAGAAGGAGCGCACGGCCGCCUACAAGCCCGUCUUCGUCACGGAGAUCACGGACGACCUCCACUUCUACGUGCAGGAUGUGGAGACAGGGACGCAGCUGGAGAAGUUGAUGGAGACCAUGCGGAGCGAGAUCGCAGCCCACCCGCCCGUGGAGGGCUCGUACACACCGCGCCGUGGGGACUACAGCAUCGCCAAGUUUGUCGACGGAGAGUGGUACCGAGCCCGCGUGGAGAAGGUGGAGUCUCCGGCCAAAGUGCACGUCUUCUACAUCGACUACGGCAACAAGGAGACGCUGCCCUCCACCCGCCUGGCUGCCCUGCCGCAGGCCUUCAGCACACGCGUCCUGCCUGCCCAAGCCACCGAGUACAAGUUUGCUUUCAUCCAGGUGCCCCAGGAUGAAGAGGCCCGGGCGGACGCUGUGGACAGCCUGGUGCGGGACAUCCAGAACACGCAGUGCCUGCUGAAUGUGGAGCACGCCGGUCCCAGCUGCCCCCACGUCACGCUGCAGUUUGCGGACUCCAAGGGCGACGUGGGCCUGGGGCUGGUGAAGGAGGGGCUGGUCAUGGUGGAACCACGCAAAGAGAAGCAGUUCCAGAAAGUGAUCACCGAAUACCUGAACGCCCAGGAGGCAGCCAAGAGCGCCCGGUUGAACUUGUGGCGCUACGGAGACUUCCGCGCUGAUGACGCCGAUGAAUUUGGCUACAGCCGCUAAGCCACCACCCAGGCAGCCCGAUGGCUCUGGGCCACGCUCCCCUACCGCGUCCCCUCCGUUCCGAGCGCCACCCUCUGCCCUGCACCUGGAGCUCGAGGCCACGCAAGCCUGAGGGGGCGGCAGCUUCGUCUGACUCGCAGACUGGGUGGGAGGGGAGCCCCCCUGCUGCUCCUCUCCGGCCCCAACAAGCCGAGCCUGCACCCCCCUCGCGCUCCCAGGCAAGCAGCAGGAGAUAUAUGACCUGUGUGAAGCUUGGAAGCAAAUAAAAGUAGUGAGAAGCUG